AACACUUUACACACGUAACCAAUCCAUCUCAACACGAAACUGCCCCAAAUGCUCCUCCUUAAGACCGCCAUAACCAACCCCUCUCCAAUUCUCUUUUCCUUCUCCAAAAAACCCACACUUUCCUUUCCCUUCACCAAAAUUCUCCCAAUUUCACUCUUCCCUUCAACUUCAACGCACCCUUCUUCCCCAAAAAUGAGCAGUUGGCUCAACAAACUGGGUUUCGGUUUUCGAACUGAUCAAUCACCCGCUAUGGACUCAUCUGCAAUUCCUCAAGGACCCGACGAUGACAUACCCUCCCCGGGUCAACAGUUUGCACAGUUCGGAGCGGGUUGUUUCUGGGGCGUUGAAUUGGCGUAUCAGAGAGUGGCGGGUGUUACAAAGACUGAAGUGGGAUACUCGCAGGGUUAUUUACAUAACCCGAGAUAUGAAGAUGUGUGUAGCGGUACUACUAAUCAUUCGGAGGUGGUUAGGGUUCAGUAUGAUCCUAAGGAAUGUAGUUAUGAUUCCUUGCUUGAUGUUUUCUGGUCUCGUCAUGACCCCACCACCCCCAAUCGACAGGGGAAUGAUGUCGGCACUCAGUACAGGUCUGGAAUUUACUUCUACACACCCGAGCAAGAGAAGGCAGCUUUAGAAUCCCGGGACAGACAGCAGAAGCUUCUGAACAGGAAUAUUGUUACUGAGAUUUUGCCGGCUAAGAAAUUUUACAGAGCUGAGGAGUAUCAUCAACAGUACCUUGCAAAAGGGGGUCGCUUUGGUUCAAAGCAGUCUGCUGAGAAAGGCUGCAAUGAUCCCAUUCGAUGCUACGGUUAAGACAUUUUCAUUUGCACGAUAAAAAUAAAUUUAGUUGUAUCUGUUUUUCUAAGCUAAGGUUGUUAAUAUGUCGUGCUUUUGCUGUAUGUAUUAGAUCUACCCGCUUAUACUUGCUUCAGGAAAAUCAAACGUCUGUGGCUUCACCAUAGAUUUGUAAUGUAUGUGGUUCCAGAUCUGUUAAAUGUAAGGCUGUGUGAUCUUUGCAAUAUAAUUUUUGCAUACCUACUUUAUGAACCAAA